GGGGGUUGAAAACACGAUCAGUACUGAAUCGGCCAGUGUGACUCUGAUGGGGCAUCAUGGGGCAAGGCACUUCUGUCGAGGCGGAGGUCGCGCGGAGGGAGACCUACGGCUUCAGCCAUGAAGAGUACGCUGAACUGCAGAAGCGCCUGGCCGUGACGCCGUCCACACAAAGAGUGGAGCUGGCUGAUUUUGUGAGAUGGUUCCCGGUACAUCUUCGCUCCUUCGUGCAGCCCUUGUUUUGCUACCUGGGCAAGGAGCGGGUGGGCGAAGGGUCUGCAGCGUGGUCUGCCCUCGCGCAGGGCCUCGGUCGCGUGGUGAAGUCCGGAGUGACCUGGAAAGAGUUGCUGCAGGUUUGGACAGAGCCAGCCGAGGAGGUCCGCUCUCCAGGUGUCGCAGCUCCGGAGCUGGAGCUCUGCCUGGAGUUGGCCGUCUCCCUGUGCUAUUGGUGUGCCGUGUUCAAACGAGAGGCCGAAGAGUCGACAGGUCCGAGUCGACUGGUGGCUGCUCUGAGGAACGCUCCGAUGGACUCCUUGAGUUCGUUAUCUUCCUGGCUUGAAGGCCAUCUUCCCAUGCUCCCCAAAGCCGUUGCUUCUUGCUUGGCACAGUCCUUGACCGGCUCAGCAGGGAUCGAGCCACCUCCGCUACCCGAGAGCCGCAUCCUGGAGGUGGGAACGUCCUUGCUUUUGCGGAGCUGCACUGCGAGACUCUGGGAGUCCGAGGCCUGGCAACCCCUCUACCGCGACUGGUGCGAUGGCCGAUCCUUCAACGCGCUGCUGAAGGGUGCCCUCUUCUACGAUGGCCCUGCACUGCUGCUCUUGCAGACGCCUGAGGGCCAUGUCCUGGGUGGCCUCUCCACGGUCUGGAGUGACAACAACGGCAAGUUCGCGGGUUCCACCGAAUGUUGGCUGUUUGCACUGCAACCCUCUCUGGCCGUGUGUAAGAGCACCAGCAGCUCAGGGAAUUACUUCUACCUCAACUCGCGCAACAAGUAUGCUCCGCGGGGAGUAGGCUUUGGUGGUCAGCAAAACUUUUUCAGGCUCUGGGUGGAUGCCGAUUUGGAAGAGUGCUACGUCCUCGAAAGUGACGCGACCUACUCCUCCGGCUGGCUGCUGCCCUCGGCAGGCGAUCGCUUGCAGACCCCUUUCCAGGUGGCCGUGCUCGAGGUGUGGGGCUGCGGCGGGCCAGAGGCCGCCCAGGCCCAACGGGCGCAGCGUGAGCGGGUGGAUGGGGUGCGCGAACAAGCACGCAAGGUCGACAAAGCAAGACUUUGCGACAAUGAGUUCGACAAAGAAAUGUUGUUGGCCAACACCUUCUCGGCAACGGCCGCCUCGCGCGAAGACCCAAAGCAGGUCGAAGGAUCCAAGACAGAUGGGUAGCAGAGGUUUGGUUUGGCAGAUGGGCAUCCUUCCUUAUCUUCC